AUGACGGCUCUGACAGUUCAUCAGAGAGUGCACACAGGGGAUAAGCCUUACUCCUGCUCUGACUGUGGGGCGAGUUUCUCUCGACAGUACAGUUUAAAAUUACACCAACGGAUACACACAGGAGAGAAGCCUUACUCCUGCUCUGACUGUGGGAAGAGCUUCACAACAUCAGGGGCUCUGACAAUUCAUCAGAGAAUACACACAGGAGAGAAGCCUUACUCCUGCUCUGACUGUGGGAAGAGCUUCAGAACAUCAGGGGCUCUGACAAGUCACCAACGGAUACACACAGGAGAGAAGCCUUACUCCUGCUCUGACUGUGUGAAGAGCUUCACAACAUCAGGGGCUCUGACAAUUCAUCAGAGAGUGCACACUGGAGAGAAGCCUUACUUCUGCCCUGACUGUGUAAAAUGCUUCACAACAUCAGCUGAGCUAAAAGUUCAUCAGAGAAUACACACAGGAGAGAAGCCUUACUCCUGCUCUGACUGUGGGGCGAGUUUCUCUCGACAGUACAGCUUAAAAUUACACCAACGGCUACACACAGGAGAGAAGCCUUACUCCUGCUCUGACUGUGGGAAGUGCUUCAAAACAUCAGGGGCUCUGACUAUUCAUCAGAGAGUGCACACUGGAGAGAAGCCUUACUUCUGUUCUGACUGUGUAAAAUGCUUCAUAACAUCAACUGAGCUAAAAGUUCAUCAGAGAAGACACACAGGACAGAAGACUUCCUCCUGCUUUGACUGUGGGAAGAGUUUCUCUCGACAGUACAGCUUAAAAUUACACCAACGGAUACACACAGGAGAGAAGCCUUACUCCUGCUCUGACUGUGGGAAGAGCUUCACAACAUCAGGGGCUCUGACAAUUCAUCAGAGAGUGCACACUGGAGAGAAGCCUUACUUCUGCCCUGACUGUGUAAAAUGCUUCACAACAUCAGCUGAGCUAAAAGUUCAUCAGAGAAUACACACAGGAGAGAAGCCUUACUCCUGCUCUGACUGUGGGAAGAGCUUCAGAACAUCAGGGGCUCUGACAAUUCAUCAGAGUGUGCACACUGGAGAGAAGCCUUACUUCUGCUCUGUCUGUGGGACGGGUUUCUCCAAACUUGGCAACUUAAAAUCCCACGAACAGAUACACACAGGAGAGAAGCCUUACUCCUGCUCUGACUGUGGCAAGAGGUUCUCCCGAUUGGGCCAUUUAAAACGACACCAAUGUAUACAUAAAGGAGAAAAGCCUCAUCAGUUCUCUCAGACCAGCAAAGAUUAG